AUGGCAUUCCCUCCGACUGGAGCUACAUCCUUCUACACAAGUGCAAUGUGCUCACAGAGUUCUUCAUCGCCGACAAACAUCCCUUUGAUGAUGAAUGAGACACCUUCUGCUGGCGAUAGAGUUUCGACAUGUGACUACGAUAAGAAACACAGUCAUCUUUGGGAGUAUGAAGAAUCAAAAUAUCACCUAGGAGAGAAGCAAGGACAACAACAAUUCUAUCCACUUCACAAUACCUCUACUACUACUACUAAUACCGCUGGUAGUCUUCAAAUUGGAAAAUUGGAAAUACUAGGAAAAAGUUAUACUACUGAUAACCAUCAAACUACAGAAUAUAAAGAUGAUAAUGUGAUGAGAACAGGCGAUUCUUUCGAGGCUAAAUCGUCAUCGGCUUCAUCAACAAUAUCAUCUUAUUAUCAGAAUCAUAUAGCCUAUAGUCAAUUGCCGCCUAAUAGUAAUAUCCUUAAACAGUCUAACCAAGAACACAUAUCAAACUCAUCUGUUUACUUCAACCCCAAUGAGUUCGGUUAUUUCAGACAGACAGAAUCAUCAGAGAAGAAUACUCUUGUAAAAUCAACAACAUCCCAACCCAUGUCGCCGCCUUCAUCAGUAUCGUUGUGUGCACAAACAGAAUGUCAGGUGUCGCAUUCUCUUAGUAAAGCAGAAGAGAGUCCAAUGGAAUUUACAAAUUAUACUCCAUAUCUUAACAAGUUAUUUACAGCUAAAAUGUUAUUCAAUAAUUCUACAGAUCAAUCAAAACAUCAACAAAAUUUCCCUGUUAAUGGUGAUACACCAAAUUACACAGUGAAUACAGAUCAUGCUACUGAUAAUAGCUCAUAUAUAAAUCGUACUACUAUAGACUUGAACUCUGUUCCCUCUGGAUUUUCAGGUAUGAUAAAUACCACUGCUACUACUGUUGAACCUUGUAUCAGUAGUAGUAGUAGUAGUAAUAAUAGACUCACUAGUACUGACAAUCAGAAUUAUAGUUCUUUCAUCAUAGAUUAUGAGAAAUUCCAGCCAAAUGAUCAUAAACUUUUAUCUGAGGUGGGAAAGAAAUUAAACGGUCUAGAAGAUAUCAUCCAUCGGGACAGUCUAAAAAUGCCGGGGAAUGAUGCAUCCUUCUCAGCAUCGGUGUCACCUCCAUCUAUACCUCCAUCUAUAUUAUCUUGUGAAAACAGCAUAACUCAUUCCGUUGAACAGAAUUUAUCUGGUAAGCUAAAAGCUUCACAGCUGCUAGUAAAUGAAAUUAAAAAUCCAAACAUUACAGUUUCAUGUAAUAAUGCUGUAUUGUCUACAGCAACACCUUCAACAGCCAGUGCUUAUUCACAAAUUUUGGCUUCACAACAUCAUAGACAACAAUCAUAUUUACGAGCAAAUCCUCAUGAAAUGUUAAGUGGUCAUCAUCAACGGUUUCUUACUCAAAGUAACUGUCCCACUGGCAAUAAUAAUAACAAUAAUAAUAAUAAUCCUUAUCCACUUUCGAGAGACGUACCACAACAACCAGUUUGGCGUAGACCCAGUCACCGUCCUGGUCAUCUUCAUUCACACCCUCCAGUUUAUCUACCCAAUGGACAUUUAAGAUCUAUAAAUCAACAUGGUCCAAGUCAUAUGGGAAGUUCACAUCAGCACGGAUUCGCAUAUGGUUUGGAUGGUACAAGAAGAAAGAAUGCUACAAGAGAAAGUACUACAACACUGAAAGUCUGGUUACAAGAACACAUGAAAAAUCCUUAUCCUACUAAAGGUGAAAAAAUAAUGCUUGCAAUCAUCACGAAAAUGACGUUAACUCAAGUAUCUACUUGGUUUGCAAAUGCUAGAAGACGUUUGAAAAAGGAGAAUAAAAUGAUUUGGCCACCGAAAUCAACUGGUAGUGGAAGUAUGGAGCAAAAAAGUCCAACAAAUCCUAAUUCAUCAAAUGAAUCAGGUAUAAAUUGUACUAAUACUGCAAAAUCAACAGAUGAACAAAUAGAUUCACUGAAAAGGAUUCACAGCGAUGACAACACCAAAGGAAAAAAUCGUAACCGAUUGGAGACAGAUGAUGGAGAUGGAUAUGAUGAUAGACGGACAACUUCUAUUGGAGAUGAUGAGACAAACGAUGAUCGUCUGACAGAUGAGGAUGAUAAUGAUAAUGAAGAUGAUGACGAAAAUGGCGACUUCGAUGAAGAUGACGCAGAGGAGCAGGAAGGCGAGGAGGAGGGGGAGGAAGCUAUCGGUAAUGAUAUCAGUGAUACAUUGUAUAGGCGUAAGGAAUUUGAACAAAAUGAGCUAAGCAUAUCUCAUUAUAAUCACCUACCUCAUUCAUCUUUUAUGUCUCAUAUUCACAAAGAUAUCUCAUCGUAUGAACAACAAACAAGAAACUAUUCAAAUAUUUUCUCAAACAGUUUAAGUUCUGAUUUUUCAGAAAAUUCUGGAAAAUAUGAUCAAUUCAGAUCUGAAGACUUACCAUUUAAUCAUGCUGGCAAUCAGUUGAAUUCACAUCUUACAUCUUCUUCACAAACCUUCCCACAAUAUGUCAAUCUACCGAAUAAUCAAUUCGCUGGUAUUAGUCAUAUUCCUCCGACAACUAUCAGUCAAACGCCAGGUUAUUUUAAUUCAAUGCAUGAUUUUUGCACAGUUAACAAAUACUUUCCUUUUAAAACGGAUAAUCUCACUACUCCAGCUAAUACUACUACUACUACUACUAGUACUACUUCUGUCAGUAAUGACGACAGAACAGUAAACUCUCAAUUUCAUAAAUCUACUACCUCAAUGUUAUAUCCUACAGGUCGAACUCAUUCGGAUGGAGGUGAUUUUGUCAUGAAAUCGUUUAAUUCAUCAAAUAGUGAUUUCGAUGUAGCACUGAAUUCUUCAAUGAAACAGCGUGAACUAUCCAACUCGCCUGUUCACUAUUUAAGUACACUACAUUCAGAUUGUUCCAAUAAUGCCAAUGUGUCUAUCUCUCAACGCUCCAACUUCCAUUCACCACCACACAACAGUACAUUACUCUCUGAUCAGCACCGUCAGCAUCAUGAACAUUCGGAUAAUUAUACACCGUCUACAGAUUGUGCCACGUUUUUAAGAACAAAGCCAUUUAUUGAUAAUAUCAUGUUGAACACAAACUAUUUACAAUCGAACUUUUGUUGA